AUGUCCAGAUUAACACAGAGGGCUGUUGUGUCUCCCGAACACCUUCCCCUUCCCCUCUGCCACGGCGGAUGUGACAAGAUCAGCUGGCUUCCAGAAGGCAAAGUGUUCAGUAAUGUCCAAAGGGAAAAGAUCAUCUCCAGGUUUCUUAAAGAAAGCGUUCUAAAGAGAGUGUUCCGAUCAAAGCAGAUGAGGUGGGAGGGUUCCAGCCGCCAGAAGGAGGACCCAGGCUACACCUUUCCUGGCACCAGAAAGAAGGCCGAGUCCGAGGGGGCGCACGUCAAGCCGUUCGCCCCGCACACGGAGGUGCCCGGGCCUCGGGGCGGCAGCGCCCUCGGAGACGACGCCGAGGACGACACGUGGGCCUGCGGCGCCGUGGGGAUUUUAAGGAAACAGAGGAGCAAAAUGGGGAGAAGAAAUGGUGAGAACAGUGGUACCAACCCGUGUGCAACCAACAUCUCCCAUGAGAGCUUGUCUCAUCGGAAUUUGGAUUCAGAAGUACCUGCUCCUGAAAAUAAAAAUCUCCCACCUGGAAAGGAUAGUGCAGCAGGUGGCAAAAUUAACAAGAACCAUUUGGAAAUUCCAAUAGAGCAACUGGUGCUAGACCCAAAUUUGUCAGAACACGCUCACAAAAGAACACAGAAUAGUAAACAAGGGAUAUUUCAGUUGUGGAGUUAUCCUUUUAACGAAGGAAGUACCAUGGAGAACAGAGAUUUCAAGAAGUCUGCAGUGGAACCUGGCUUUAACGUAACCAAUAACCCCAUGAGGCUCUUCACACUGAACCACUCACUGACUACUGCUUCAGUAGAUAAGCAAGUUGGUUCUUACCCUGGUCUACAGGUGCCAUCGGGCCUCUGCUGGCCCUAUGCUGAUGGAGACUUUUUUAAGGACAGAAAUGAGCCUUAUAUUAAUUUAUGUUCAGCUGUGGAAAACAAUAAUGGUGAAACUUUAUCUGCCCCAAAUUGGAAUUUGAAAUAUGGAAACAGCAGUAUGGAGGAAAACUUAACAGAUGAAAGUGAUUUAUCAGAAAGUGAAAAAGCAAAUGAUAGUUUGCUCAGCUAUUUUAAAAAGAUGGAUCUGAACUUAAAGCCAGAAGCGAUAGAAAACGUUGAGGAAUCUUUCACAGAGGAACCAAGUGAAGUAUUUCCAUAUCCUGAUUUUCUCCCUUCUCCUUUCAAUAGUCUGGACUUGCACAAAUUAGCCCUCUCAAAAUCUGAAAAUUGGAAAGUGACAGUGGAACCUCCAGAAAGCUCUAUUGAACGUUUGAUAACCCGUUUACUGGAAAUGGAAAGAUUACAACACACAACUAUACAAAAAGAAAGGCCCAGACUACAAACUACCUUCUGUGCUCCAGCAGCUACUGAACGACCCUUUUCCUCCAAAGCUAUCCCCAAAAUGAGACAGCCAAAACUUUCAGACUCUUUGAGUCUUCAGACAACUUGUGUAGAUAAAAGUCGCGAAAAAAGAAAAAGCAGUUCUGGGUCUUGCAAACUUGAACAAAAUGCUUCAAAAUGGAAUUGGAGCAAUGUUGGCAACACACACAAAUGGACUUCUAGACCACCACCUCUAAAAAGUUCAUUCACCACCAAACAGUUGAUUGCAACUUGUGAUGACAUUAGGAAUCUCAAAAGCUCCAUUUUAAACCCAUGCCAAGAACUCUCAGCCAAGUCCACUAGUUCCCAAACAACUCAAUCGGUUAAAAUGGUCUCAACAAGAUGUCUGCCACCAAGGUCUCCAAUACCAGUUUCGCCUAUACCUCUGUCUUUUCCCGAAAAUCAGAGAGAAGACAAUAAGGCACCAAGGACCAAAAAGAAACCUUAUCAGAAAAACAUAGAAUUGAACAAACCAUUCUAUAUUCAGAAGUUAAACUGUUUAUCGCCUUCCUUUGUAGGUAAGGACAAGUGUUCACCCAUUGAUCAAAAGUAA